GUGCCCGCAGAAGGCCACAGGCCCACGAAAAAACAAAAUCUUUGUCCGCCGCCCAAAUUGGGCUCCUCUUCUCCCGCAAGAAACACCGAGCGCCGCCGUCCCCUGAACGGCUCUCGCGUCCCAGGCAGCCUGCCGCCGUACGAAGCUGUCCUCUCUGCGGCAACGAUGGCUGCUGCCACGGCCCCAGCCUCCUCGUCUUCCUCCUCUGGCUGGGACUUCACCUGCAACUUUGAAGUUGAUUAUGGAUCUGAAGACCAUGCUUCCAUUGUUUACAAGACGUUAGCUGUUGACACAGAGUUGCAGCCAAAUAAGGUCAGGAGGGAGAUGACUAUUUCUGGUGGCAAGCUUGUUGUGCACUUUGAAGCUAUAGAAGCCCGAUUUCUGCGAGCAUCAUUCAGCGCGUUCGUUGAUCUUAUGGUACUUGUGACAAAGCUUGUCGAAGAAUAUGGUGUAACCAACGAAGAACGUUCAGCAUUGUGAACUAGUUUAGUCAAUCUGUGGUCACUUAGACCUCCUAUAUCUGCCUGGGUUCUUCAUCUAUGAAGGUACUAAUGGAUGUAUUGUGAAUUCUGAAUGAAUUACUUAUGUAUUACGUAUUACCUUUCAUUCA